AGGUGGUGUGCGACAGUUGGAGUCUCUGAGGCGGUUGUCCCGCUGCCAGUCAGGUCCCGGGAGGGUCUUCAGCGGAGCAGGCCACCACCCCGUGUCUCCCGGCCGGCGUGCAGCUCCUCCCAACAGCCUCGCCACCAAGUGCCAAACUCCUAGUAAAGUUUGCGCCUUCUUGUCGCCCCCGACCCGACGGCCCCGUCGCUGUCCCCUCCGCGACCCUCGCCCCAGCGAAAGUGACGGGCAGGGCCACGCCCCCGCGCGGGCCGACAUCGCGGCCCUCCGCCCCCCGGCCCGGGACGGUGAGGGGCGUGAAUGCGGCGGGGGCGGGGCCGCCGCCGGGAGCGGGCGGGGGGGCGGGGCGCAUGCGCGGUGCGCGCGGGGCUGAAUGUUUCCCAAGUGUUUGAAACUGGUAUUUGGGUUUUCCACGUUGGACAAGUGCGGCGCGGCGGGCGGCCGAGCGCGCCCUUCCCGCUGCCCGCCCCGCUCGGCUCCCCUCCCCGCCCGGCGGCGGUGGGCGGCGGCGGCCGCGGCGCUCGGCCCUCUCCCGGGUGUGUGCGCGCUCGUACGCGCGGCCCCCCGCGCCCGCCCGCCGCUUGGGAGGGGGCCUGCGCGGCCGGCGGGGCGUGCGCCCGGGAGCCUCUGCCACCGCGGCCCGCGCCCGCAGGCGCCGGGGUCCCCGCGGCCCCGGCAGAUGUAGCCGCUGGCCGGGCCGGGCCGGAGCGGCGGGGGGGCGCGGGAGAGCGAGAGCUUUGCAUUUUGCAGUGCUGUUUUGAGGGGGGCGGGGGGUGGAGGAAGCGGAAAGCCGCGCCGAGUCGCCGGGGACCUCCGGGGUGAACCAUGUUGAGUCCUGCCAACGGGGAGCAGAUCCACCUGGUGAACUAUGUGGAGGAUUACCUGGACUCCAUCGAGUCUCUGCCUUUCGACCUGCAGAGAAACGUCUCGCUGAUGCGGGAGAUCGACGCGAAAUACCAAGAAAUCCUGAAGGAAUUGGAUGAAUAUUACGAGAAGUUUAAACGGGAGACAGAUGGUGCCCAGAAGCGCCGAGUGUUACACUGCAUCCAGAGAGCCCUGAUUCGGAGCCAGGAGCUGGGCGAUGAGAAGAUUCAGAUCGUGAGUCAGAUGCUGGAGCUGGUGGAGAACCGGACCAGGCAAGUGGACAGUCAUGUGGAACUCUUUGAGGCACAUCAAGAGAUCAAUGACACCACUGGCAAUAGCGGCAAAGCUGGCCAAGAUAAGUCCAAGAAUGAGACAAUCACGCAGGCAGAAAAGCCAAAUAACAAGCGUUCCCGGCGACAGCGCAACAAUGAGAAUCGAGAGAACGCAUCUAAUAAUCAUGACCAUGAUGACAUCACCUCAGGAACACCCAAGGAGAAGAAAGCAAAGACCUCGAAGAAGAAAAAACGCUCCAAGGCCAAAGCAGAGAGGGAAGCAUCCCCUGCAGACCUUCCCAUCGACCCAAACGAGCCCACGUACUGUCUGUGCAAUCAGGUCUCCUAUGGAGAAAUGAUAGGUUGCGACAAUGAUGAGUGCCCCAUCGAGUGGUUCCACUUCUCGUGUGUGGGACUCAAUCAUAAACCAAAGGGCAAGUGGUACUGUCCCAAGUGUCGGGGGGAAAAUGAGAAAACGAUGGACAAAGCAUUGGAGAAGUCCAAAAAAGAGAGAGCCUAUAACAGGUAGUUUGUGGACAUUCACUAGUAGUGAGGAGAACAGAAUCAGCCAGUGUAUUUAUUACAUUGCCGCCUGCGUUGAGGUGUGAGGAUGGUCAAAUGUAUAUUUUCAAGGAAUGUUAGAAAAGGCACGUCCCCUUCAUGGGGAUGGCAGUGAGUCUCCUGGCCUUUUGUUUUCACUGGUACACAUGUAUAAGAAGACAGUGGUCUGUGGAUCAACGUUUUAGGAACUACAAAUAUAGGUUUGAAUUAAACACUUAAGUGAGUCUCAGACUGAUUUUUUGUGUGUGUGGGGGGGGUGACUUGGAAGCAACCUAACACAUUAAGUGUGAUAAGAAAAGAUUUAAUUUAGCUAUUUUAUUUUAAUGAAAAAUAAUGUUACACUUUAUGAACAUUUUUUUUUAAUUAGCUGGGUUGCUAAAGUACAGCCUACAGCAAAUUUGUUUCUUGUACCAUAAUGUAUAUCCAUAUAACAAUUCAAUAACAAAAGUUUAAAGUUGGAAGAUUAUUUUUAAAAAGGUAAAUGGUGGGGCUAGGGGUAUAGCUCAGUGGUAGAGUGCCUAGCAAGCCCCAGGCCUUGGGUUUCAUCCCCAGCACUGCAAAAAAAAAAAAAAAAAUGAGGUGAACGGUUAAAUUUUACAUGGCAGAUAUUUUAUAUACUGGUCUGUUCCCAAAAUGGCCAUUUUUAAAUGAUUGAGUUCAUUUUUAUUAACUCCAAAAGAAGUGAUCUAAUCAUGGAAUUUAAAUCACGCUUUUGCUAUCAUAGAUCAUAGUGUGGUUGUCUUUAACUUAUAUCAAGUGUAUAAAUGUACAUUUCCCAGAGAUCUUGCUCUUGCUGUAUUAUAAUUGGAAGCACAACCUGAUGCUGUUGUGAAACCAAGGUAUGCUUCCUGCUGUGUGUGUGAGUUGUACAGGUGUGAUGUCAAGAAUAAAUGAAACUUGGCCAGUU